AUGGAGUAUCCAUGGCGUCCCAUGCCACAAAGUGGCAAUUUGUGCCCAAUCUGCUCGAAUCCCCAUUACCCAUUCUGCCCACCCCCUCCUCCACAGUACUACAGACCUCCGCCGCCACCUCCCGAUCAACUCUUCCACAGUCCCCUGCCACCGCAGCCGCCGCCGCCAACCCAAAAUCCGUCGGCAACACCGUACGAUCCGUUCGUUGACCACCAAGGCGGUCCCGCAUCUAAUCACUAUCCACCUCCCCCCGCCCAGAUUCCUCCUCGGCCAUGGAACCCUAACCCUAACUACAGUUACGCAGAUUCAAAUCCUGGAUUGGAUUACAACAGCAAUGUUCCGGUGGGCGCCAAAAGAAUGAGGUCUGACAAUGUGUAUGAGAAUUAUGCGGGGAGGCCUUUGGCUGAGGACGAGAGGCGAUUGAAGUUGAUACGCGAUCAUGGAGCUGUGGGCCAGGGUUUGGAUAUGAACCACAGUGGAGGUUCUAGUUUACCUAGUCAUUCUUUUGGGCAGAGCAAUUUUGGUGAUAACAGAAGUCCUGGAGAUCCUCUGUAUGGAGAAAGACAAUGUGCAUAUCUAGAUGUCGAAAAAGGCAGAAAUUUGGGUUUAGGGAUAUCACCUUACAGUCAAAGUGAUGGCCACAUGGUGCAGAAUCAUGGGUAUGGAUACACGAGUUUCAGACCGGCCAAAGAAGUUCAGUUGGAUUAUAAUGCAGCCUAUCAAGAACAGAGACAAAACGUUGCUACCAAAAGUUGGGAGUCAAAAAACCAGUUUAGCCAGUUUCCAGAGACACAUUCAAACAAGCAACAUGCAAUGGAGCCUAGAGUCGGCCUAUAUGCCCUAGCUAAUCAGGUGCAGCCUCCACUACUGAUUACCCAGCCACCGCCGCCACCACCACCACCACUUCCUGCAGAGCUGCCAAGGUUUCGAUUCGCAGAGAACGUUGUUUCAUCUUCGUCCCUCUUUCAGUCUCCGUUUACAAAGGAAAAUCAUACCAUUUCGAUGCCCUCGUCCAGUGAAAAGCCUUAUAGGGAUCCCUUACUGGAUAAGCCCAAAAUUAUUGAUGCUUCUCACAUUUUAAAGCAUCCACAUCGUUCUAACCGCCCAGAUCAUAUUGUCAUUAUCCUGCGAGGACUUCCAGGGAGUGGUAAGAGCUACUUGGCAAAGUUUUUGCGUGAUCUUGAGGUUGAAAAUGGUGGCACGGUUCCGCGGGUCUAUUCCAUGGAUGAAUAUUUUAUGACUGAGGUUGAAAAGGUUGAGGAGAGUGAAGGGUCGAGAUCUUCUGGUUCGGUGAGAGGGAAAAAAACAGUUACAAAGAAGGUUAUGGAGUACUGUUACGAACCUGAGAUGGAAGAGGCAUACAGGUCAAGCAUGUUGAAGGCAUUUCAGAAGACCCUUGUUGAAGGGGUGUUUCCUCUUGUGAUUGUGGAUGACCGCAAUCUGCGGGUAGCUGAUUUUACUCAGUUUUGGGCAACUGCAAAGAGGUCGGGAUAUGAAGUUUAUCUACUAGAAGCUGAAUACAAGGACCCAGCUGGCUGUGCUGCAAGGAAUGUUCACGGUUUCACUCAAAACGAAAUUCAUGAGAUGGCUAGCCGAUGGGAGGAAGCUCCAUCUCUUUAUAUGAAGCUAGACAUUAAGUCGUUACUCCGUGGAGAUGACUUGGAGGAAAACGGGAUUCAAGAGGUUGACAUGGAUACAGAAGAUGACAAUCAUGUUGGUGGCACCUCUGGUUCCACAGGUACAAAUUUAGAGAAAAUUGCAAGACCUUCAGAUGGCAAUCUUGCCCGUGAAGUUUCAUUGAAAGACGAAGAGAAAACGGAUGAUGUACAAGAGCAUCAACUUGAGGUGGUGAAAGAACUUGAACGAUUACGUGCUGAGAGCGAGUCGUUCAGGGCCGUUUUUGAUAAAAGGAGACAGCGAAUAAGUGGGCUCCACAUGGAAUACCAAUGA